AUGUCUGGUAGCACUGCCAACAGGAUCAAGGAGAGCGCCCGAUCGGCUGCUACCAAGGUCGAGGAAGCUGCCACCGAGGCUGCGAACAACCCAGUACAAGCCAAGAAUGACUUCCUUCACACACCCGCGGUUCGCGCUGCUCUCCCCUUCGUCAAUGGAGGCCUUGCAGGCAUGUUCGCAACCGCCUGCAUCCAACCCAUAGAUAUGGUCAAGGUGCGCCUACAACUGGCGGGAGAGGGUGUAAAGACAGGUCCCAGGCCCACAGCUUUGGGCGUGACAAGAGAUAUCAUUGCACAAGGCAAGGUCCUCGACCUAUAUAAUGGUCUCUCAGCCGGUCUGCUCAGACAAGCCGUCUAUACCACUGCGCGACUGGGCUUUUUCGACACAUUCCAAACCGCGCUGCAGGCACGUGCUGAAAAGAAUGGCACGAAGAUUACCUUCAUCGAACGAAGUGCAGCCGGGCUCACAGCUGGUGGAUUGGCUGCGAUGGUGGGCAACCCGGCUGAUCUGGCGCUCAUUCGCAUGCAAUCGGACGGCCUGAAGCCCAAAGAGGCCCGAGCGAACUACCGUUCGGUGUUUGAUGCUCUGACUCGGAUUGCCAAAGCUGAGGGCGUCACAGCCCUUUGGGCGGGAGCUUACCCCACUGUGAUCCGCGCCAUGGCUCUCAACUUCGGGCAACUCACCUUCUUCGCCGAGUCCAAAUCUCAGUUGAAGCACUACUUCCCGGACAUUUCCGAAAGCUCGAAUCGCUUCGGUGCAUCCGCGAUUGCUGGGUUCUUUGCCUCGUUCUUCAGUCUGCCGUUCGAUUUUGUCAAGACGAGGCUGCAGAAGCAACAAAGAGGGCCUGACGGAAAGCUGCCCUACAAUGGCUUCUUCGAUUGCGCGAAGAAGGUCGUCCGCGAUGAGGGUUGGCUCAGAUUUUACCGCGGAUUUGGCACCUACUACGUUAGGAUCGCCCCACAUGCGUAA